AUUUAUAAUAUUUAUCGCUUUUGUGCAUACAGCACAACUCAUACAGACAGCUGUUGCCAUUGAUGUUCUUGAGGUACCUUGGAAUGGGAGAAUGAUAGACGUGCACUAUCCGAGCGAAAACCACCAAGGGCCAUUCAGACGAUCAGACGAUUGUGAGACUGGGUUUUUAAAGCCAACGGUAGGGCGCAAUGAUACAUGCUACAUGUUUGUCUUGACUAAUUUGACAUGGUCGGAAGCCAAUGUCUUUUGCACGACAGCCAAUGGUGAUGGAUUAUUGACUAUUGAGGACGCGGAUGAUCAACUAGUGAUAACCGGAUACAUAUCAACUACGAAAGGACUAAGGGCGGAGCGUGGACGCAUUUCAACAUACUACACAAGUGGACACCGUUUGCUAGAUGGACAAACAUGGG